UCAAAACACCGCACACCGCACGCCAUGGAUGAGAGCAUUUUGAAAUCGCGUCAUAACUCGAUUUAGACCUAUCGCAACAAUAACAAGUACAUUUAGCUAGACCUCGUUCAGCGUUAGAACGUGGUAGUGAGCGAUAGAAGCAUAAUAACCCCAUAAACACGGAAAAAGUGUCUUUUAGGUUAGGAAAGUGGUGACGGUUGAGUGGAGACAAUGCGCUGAGAGUACCCGUGUUGAUCCCAGUUAAUAAACUAAUUAAUUAAGAUAUUCCUCCGACGAUCUUGAAGACCAAAAUACCAAGAUGGUCUUCGAGUCGAUCGUCACUGAACUCCUCAACAAGUUCCUGGGGGAGUACAUCCAGAAUUUGGAUUACAAGCAGCUGAAAGUCAGCCUCUGGGGCGGCGACGUAGUCCUGACGGACCUCCUAAUCAACGAGAAUGCCCUAGACAUGCUAGACCUGCCCAUAAAACUGGGCUACGGUCGCCUCGGCAAGCUAAUCCUAAAGAUCCCCUUCAAAGACAUGUGGAACGGUCAGAUAGACGCGAUAAUCGAGGAGCUCUUCAUCCUGAUCGUUCCCUCUAGCCAAGUGAAAUACGACCCCGAGAAAGAAUCAAAGAAUGAGCUCGAGGCCAAGCGCAAAGAGCUCGCGCGGAUCGAGCAAACGAAGCUCCUCGCCGAUACAAAACUCCAGGAGAAGCUCGACGACUCGAUGAUGGAGAAGCUCAUCGCGCGGAUGAUAAAGAACAUCCACGUCGAGAUAAACCGAAUUCACGUGCGCUACGAGGACCACGUAACCUUCAAGGAUCACCCGUUCUCGAUGGGCUUCACCCUGAACCGCCUGGCCCUGGAGAGCUGCAACGACUCCUGGCUGACGACUGGAAACCUCAAGGACAUGUACUCGAUCCAGCAGAUCUUCAAACUCCUCACGAUGGACGGCUUCGCUGUCUACUUGAACCCGAACCUCAUGCAGUUCAGCAAGCAGCCACUGACGAAGUACCUCAGCCUCUUCUCCGAGAGCAUCGCAACGACGGACCACGUGCCCGAGGACUACCAGUACCUCGUGGGGCCGAUAAACGUGAAAGCUAAACUCAAGCUGAACCCCAAGCCAGAGACUGACGGCAGCAACUACACAAUUCCGAAGGUCUGGCUGGACCUGGAGAUGCAGAAGUUGAGAAUUGGCCUGACCAAGCGCCAGUACCAGACUCUUCUCCAGCUGUCGGAGGGUCUCGACCGCGCGACGAAGGCAGCCCCCUUCAGGAAGUACCGUCCAGACGUCCCGUCGUACCGAGGGCACUACAAGGAGUGGUGGCAAUUCGCCUACAAAUGCGUCCUGGAGGAGACAGUUCGAAGAUGCCGCAGGAACUGGAACUGGCUGCACAUGAAGAACCACCGAGACACGUGCAGGAACUACGCGGAGAUCUACCAAACGAAACUGACAGCUAAGAAGCCGUCCAAGGAGAUCGAGGAGCGUCUGACGGAGUGCGAGAGGAAGCUGGACAUCUUCAAUCUCGUGAUCAUUCGUCAGCAGAUCGAGAUGGAAGUCGAGAGACUCGCGGAGAAGGAGAAGAGCCUCAAGGCGAAGCAGGGAUGGUUUGGCUUCCUGUGGGGAUCAUCGCAGACGGAGGAGGUGGAGGAGCUCAACUCGGCGGCAGCUAUCAUGAAGAAGUUCCAGGACGCCAUGACCCCGCAGGAGAAGGAGAAGCUGUUCAGGGCCAUCGAUUAUCAAGAGAACAGCGCACCUGCGCAUUACCCCGAGACCUUCGUCAUGAUUGACACGAGUUUCUUCCUGCACGGGCUGCAGAUCACAGUAUCCGAUACUGAUAAAGAGUGCCCCGAAGUACUGGAUCUCCAGUUCAACGGGGUUCACGCCGCGUUCAAGUCCAGACCAGCUGCCUCGGCAGUUCUGGUGACGGCUUCUGUUAACGAGCUGAAGCUGCUCGGCGUCAAGCAGAAGGGGAGGAUUCCCUCUCUGUUGAAGUCAGACUCAGCUGGAGGUCCCGACAGGAGUUUGUUCUCGGUGUCCUACGAGAAGAACCCUCUGGACAAGCUCUGCGGUGACAGAAUAAUCGUCAAGUCCAAAUCUAUUCACAUCGCGUACGACGCCCAGACGAUAAUCGAGUUGGUCAAGGUCUUCAAGGUUCAGAAUCAGUCGGCCCUGAAUCAGAUUCAGGCAGCCGCAGCUGAACGCCUCGAGGGCUUCAAAGAGAUGUCGGCUCUGGGUCUUGAAUACGCGAUCCAGAAGCACUCGAGUCUCGAUAUCCAAGUGGAUCUCGGUGCUUCACAGCUGAUCGUACCCUUCGGCGGUUUCUACACCGACGAAGCUGCUGUUAUAGUCGUCGACCUGGGGAGCUUGAAGAUCCACACCCUGGAGAAACCCAAGGACGACUUGGCGACGAGCUCCGUCAAGCAGUUGGUGAGCAUGGGAAAGAGCGAGGAAGACAUCCUCGCGCACUUGAGGAAAUACAGUUACGACAGGUUCGCUUUAAAGAUCGUGAAAUUUCAAGCACUUGUUGCUUCGGAGGGGGAGGAUUGGCAGAGCGCCCUGGCGGGUGCUGGCCACUCGAUGGUACUUCUCGAGCCGACGACACUCGAGGUUCAAUUCCACAAGUGUCUGAUCACGGACGAUCCGGUUCUGCCUAAAAUGCGGGUCAUUGGGCAGCUGCCGUCUCUGGCACUGAGCAUUGAGGACGCGAGACUUCUGGAGGCGUUGUCGAUUGUUCAGAGUAUUCCAUUGCCUGAGGAUGACUCCGGGACCUUGGAGUCAGUCCCCCUGGCCAAAUCCAUGUCCCAACUGUCGUUGAACUAUAUGAAGGAGUUGACUGCUGUUCAGAAGGAGCAGAAGCAGCCGAAGACUUCUGUUCAGCAGUCGACUGACCUCGAAGCCAAGUUCGUAAUGAAGGAGUUCACGCUGACGCUGUCUCGAAGGGAGCCAGACGACAGGGUCACUCCUUUCGUCAGGAUCGAGGUCCUGCAGCUCGAAGCCGAAAUGAUCCAGAGGACUUACGAUCAAGAAGUGAUGUUGAGACUCGGCGGAAUCCAGGCUAAGCAGUACCACAACAAGGAGGAGAUCUACAUGAUUAACACACCGAUGACUUCCGGACGGGAGGAGUACCUCAUCGUCAUUCAAUACGUCAACGUGAACAAGCAUUCCCCGGAGUUCGUGACGCGUCACGGGUCUGUGGUGAAGCUCCUCAAACUGGAGUUCACGACUUUGAACGUCUUGCUGCAUCAGGAGGCGUUGAUAAACGUCAUGAAGUUCCUGACUCACAUGCAGGAGAAGAUGACACCGUCGGUCCCUGCGGUGGACGAGCCGACGGAUCGUCACAUCAGUCGUCUGCCGCAGCUGUCGGUGAUCCCUGAAGACACUUCGACGUUCAUCAAAGACCAGAUUCAGAAGCAGAAGACCAAGUCAGAUAAGAGGAGGAAGAGAGUGGUGGAGUGUAUUGAUCUCAAAGUGAAAGCCAAGAUUGGGACCAUCUCCUUGAAGAUGAGCAGUGACUUCAGGGACAUCACUGCGUUUUUCAUCGAGGGGAUCACAGCCGGGUUCAUGAUGAAGGCGUCCUACUCCCAGGCGAACGUCAAUUUGACGUCCAUCAACAUUAAAGAUCUGAAUCAGUCCUCGAUUUACGAGAAUAUUGUCUCGGUGGUGGACGGCGAGGCUCUCCAGGUCGAGGCAGUGAUCUAUAAUAUCGAGCCUGAGGACGUCGACAAGAACAACAUGUCGAUCAAAGUGAUAAUGGGGUGUCACAGAAUAGUGUUUUUGAACGCCUUCGUGACCGGUGUCAUGAACUUCCUGAACCACUUUCAAGUCGCUCAGGAAGCGAUCAAAGAGGCCUCGGCGGCAGCUGCUGAAGCCGCCAAAACGAACAUCAAGGAUGUGCAGGAGUCGGCAGCCAGGAUCGAGUUGUCGAUCAAGAUCAAGGCUCCGAUCAUCUACGUUCCCAUGAACUCCAAGAGCGAUCACUGCCUCAUGUUGGACAUGGGUAAUCUGACGAUCUACAACACCCUGAAGGCUCUUGAAGUCCAAACCGACAGUGGGGAUUCCCCGAUCAUCGACGAGAUGAAGAUUGAGUUGCAGAAUCUCAAGCUCUCUCGCAUGAAGCUCAACAAGGACAACUUCUCCGCCGAAAACGAAGUCCUUCUGCUCCAGCCAGUCACCUUCACACUGCUGAUGAACAGGAAUUUGUCGACAGCUUGGUUCACAGCGAUUCCUGACAUUGAGAUGUCAGGAAGACUGAAGACGAUCGAGUUGUUACUGAGCCACGAAGACUACACGAGGAUUCUUCAGCUGCUGGAGGAGAACCUCGGGGAGGUGAUUGAGGAGCCUCAGCCGGUUCACCGAGCCCCCCAAGCCCCCAGAAAGUCCCUCGACGCCCGUAAAACAUCAGUUCCAAAGUGCGAGGUCGAAGUGAUCAACAGCAGAACCAGUGACUUGCAGCCGCAGAAGCAGGCGCACACCUCCAUCAAGUUCGAGUUCAUCAUGGACAGUUUGAUGAUUCACCUGUUCACGGGGGAAGCAAAAUACCUGAAGACGAUGGCGUCACCCUUGCACAAGCCUGAGAAUGGUCUCGCCAAAUUUGGAUUGAGCCACUUCGCAGUGAAGGGUAGAAUCUUCGAGGACGGGCUCCUGGCGACGUCGAUCCUCCUCAUGAAUUGCACGUUGGACGACACCCGUCAGGUUCGCCAGGGCUCCCUGACGAGGAUAAUGGAGAGAACCUCAGCAAUUCCUUCGAUCGACGACUUGACGAAGGACGACUCGAAGCCGGUGCGAAGUAUGCUGGACGUGACAGUCCGCAAGAGCUCCAACGACAUGUUCGUUGACGUCCGAGUCUUCUCCUUCAGCAUAAUCGUCUCCCUGGAUUACCUCAUGAAAGUCAAGGAGUUCUUCGAUGUUGAGGGCAGUGAAUCCACGCAGAACGCAGCGUUGAUGGCGUCUCAGAAGGGGACAGACGUCCUGAAGAAGAAGCCCUCCCCCCCGCCGACGCCCUCGAUGAUGACGAUAAACCUCCUCGUGGAGAAGCCAGACAUCAUCCUCCUCGAGGACAUGGACGACAUAAACUCCAACUGCAUUGUCCUCAACACCGAAUUACAGAUGAAGAUACGGAUGAUCGGAGAGCACCAGGUGAUAUCGGGAUCUGUGAAGGACCUCUCCCUUCUCGCUGGAAUAUACAAUCCAGCGAGACGAGCCGACUGGAUCUACCAAGUCCUCAAGCCCUGCAGCAUCAGCAUCGCUGGUUCUACUCCCGAGGGAAAGGGCCUGCACGUCGACGUCUGCUGCACAGACAUCCACCUGUCAGUGUCCCCUGGAGUGAUAGAGAUCCUGAAUCGCGUCGUCCAGAAGAUAACGGCGAAGGAGCCAGAGCCCGGGGAACAAGUCCAGGCGGAUCCAACUCACGAAGGGCUCUGGUUGAUCACCCCCUACGAGGAGAAGAACUACUGGUUUCUGAAGACUGAAGUUGCCCAGGAGGCGCUCGACUUCCUCGCCAGCGAAGAAGCCGAAGAGGUGGCUGUCUACAAACCGGAACUGGCCAUCCUCUCAGCCCCGAACAUAGUCUUAACCCUCGAAGCUGGUGUUGGCAACAAGACACUGCCGAUGCUGCUCCUGCACAUAGGCUUCCAGAGCCACGUGAACGACUGGAGCACGAGGACGAUGAACAUCGACAGCUCGAUAUCAGUGAUAAUGGCGUACUACAACAGUCGUCUGGCCCUCUGGGAGCCCCUGAUAGAGCCCAUCGAGGCCUUCAAGAAUGGAGAGCGAACCUCCACCUCCUGGGAGCUGAAGACCAAGAUCUCCUUUCACGACGUCUCCUCGGACUCCCCCACGGCCAGCGCCCUGAGCCCCAGCACUGAGAGCGAACCCGACGAGUUCCAACAGCCCACACGAAUGUCCAUAGACAUUCAGUCCUCUGAGAAUCUCGAGAUCACAGUCACCAAGACGUGUCUGGAGGUCCUGCAGCAGCUGGGGCAGGCCUUUUCCAAUGCCAUGAUCGUAACGGACAAGGGAUCACCCUCGAAAAUGGCGCCCUAUCUGCUGAAGAAUGAGACCGGCUUGGCGCUCACCCUCGACCUCGUCAGGAGCAAAUUCAAGGUCAUCAGUGGUACCUUGGAGGCGCUCGAUCCAGUCUCAGAAAAUUAUUCGGAAGUUGUUCUUGAGAACGGGGCGUCGGUGCAACUGGCGCCGAAGACGGUCAAGGCGGGGGUCGAUGUCCUGGAGCAGCUCAAGAGCGCCUCCGUCAAGGACUCCGGAGAUAACGUCUUCGUGGUGACGUUCAAGGACAUCGGGAAUAAGCUGGAGAUACCCGUGCUGAAGGCUGACAAGCGAUUCUUCCCGCUCAAGUACAGGAAAGAGGGCUCCGAGGAGUGGGGGCUCAUCUCUGAUGUUGUCGUUGAGGAUGGCAGCACUGUCGUCACCCUCAGGAGCAUUCUCCAGGUGCACAACCACUUCACCCAGCCCAUCUCCGUUUACUACAUGACGAAGCGGGGGAAUGAGGUGGAGUGCGUGGGGACUGUUGAGCCUGACAAGAAGCUGAAUCUUCCGCUGGACGCGGUGUACACGCCUACCAAUAUUUAUUGGUUGUUCUUCAGUGUCGAUGGGUACAUGGUGUCCGUGGAGCCCUUCGUCUGGAAGGACCUCCAGAAGACGGUCUCCAUGACGAAAGUGCUCAAGUGCGACUCCAGGGGGAAGGGGGAUGGCAACAGGGACGUCUUCUUCAUUCAGGCUGUGGGGGAGAUUGAACAGGUGUUCUUUGAGAACACAAGCAGGCACACCAUGGCCAGCACAAUCUAUAAUAUUCAUUUGUAUCCAGCUGUCUACCUCAAGAAUUUCUUACCCAUUGAUAUCCUUAUUGAGCUUCCUGGCUCUGUCGAGGAGAUGCUGGUGAAGGCCAGUGAAACACUGCAGUUGCCGGUUAUUGAUCCCAGCAAUUCCAACAUUGUCAUCAAGUUACCUCAAUAUCUGGAGAAGGAUUGGUCCUGCAAGGGUGAAAUAGUGGCCGAGCCCCCGGAAUUCUCGGUAUGGUCCUUCGAGUCCUUCGACAGUGCCCAGAAAGUCAUAAUGGAUCUUGGAAUGCACUGUUCAUUCAAUCACGGAUCAGUGGUAAUGGCUCUCUACUGUCCCUUCUGGAUGCUGAACAAGACGGGAUUGAUGUUGUCUUACAGGAAAUCAAGUAAAGGUGGAAAAGACCAGACGAGUCCAGCCAAGAAAUUCCUAUGCUCCAUGCGACCCAGACGCCGCAGGGGAGAGUUUGGCAGGCGAAAGGGCAAAUCGAGUUCCGAAGACCAGUUGAACGUAAUGUACCACCCGGAGCACUACAAGGGGCCAAUUCUGUUCUCGUUCCGCUCGAAAGCCUUCUUCGGUAAGAAGAAAGCAAUGAUCCGCGUGGAGGACGGCGAGUGGUCCGAGAAAUUUCCGAUAGACGUUGCUGGUAGCAAGGGAGUUGUCGUCUGCAGGUACAACGGCAAGAACUAUCGACUAGGUGUUCACAAUCAGCUGACGUACAACUCCCUGACAAAGCAGAUAACAUUCACGCCUUACUACGUUCUCAUAAACAACGCGAGGUUCUUGAUCGAGUGCCAAGAGGCGAAUAGGCCGGCGAGUAUGAUAACCCGAGUGCCCCCAGACGAGUGUGUGGCCUUCUGGCCGGAGUCUGAGCAGGAGCGAAAGCUCCUGGUGGCGAUGGUGGGGGGACACAGUGAGAAGACAGCGCCAUUUGUCUUCACCGAGGUCCACACGACCCUCCUAAAGCUAGACAACAAAUACGGGGGCAUAAACAUUGACAUUCAGAUAAAUGAGGGUGGAAUCUACAUUUCGAUGUCCGGGUACAGCCCCGGAAAUGCCCCAGCGCUGAUAAUUAAUCACACGUCGCAGACAAUUCACCUCUGGGAGAAGGGAUCGAUGAACGUAAGAUCGUUGCAGUCGUUCAAUCGAAUGUUCUACACGUGGGAGAACCCCUCGGGCCCCAGGAAGCUCCUCUGGGAGGACGACAACAAGAAGGAAAUCGAGAAUGACUUGAGACAGGAUAAUCUGGGGGCCUUUCAGACCCCAGAAACCCAGGAGGAGAUCUUCUACGUGUCGUUCUUGGACGGAACUCAGAGAGUCUUGCUGUUCACGACGUCUUUGAAGAUAGCUGAGGAGUGCCAGCUAGUUGGAGACCUCGAGGUCGCUGAUCAGGACAUAACAAUGAGCAUCCAUGGGGUAGGACUCUCACUGGUGAACAAUGCGGCAAGAACGGAGCUGUUGUACAUGUGUAUUGCAGACUCUGGGAUCAUCUGGGAGACGCGAAAGUCGAGUGGAGGACGUUGGAAGCCUCUCAGCACUCAGGAGGUCCUUGCCAUUGAGGAGGGAUAUCAGAAGUACCUGAGGGAGGUCCAAGUGAGGAGCGACACACCCCCCAGGGUGAUGCUCGAUCCCAAGUUGAUGGUCGAUUACCAGAAUAUGGAGCUACUGAAGCCCAAUCGGAGGUACAUGAGGCGAACCUUCCAGACUGGCCUCUGGGUGCAGUACAGAACGUCUGCUCAUCAGGUCCAGCUUCAUGCCAAGAUCAACAGGCUGCAGAUCGAUAAUCAGUUGUUUGAUUGUGUCUUCCCGGUGAUUCUUGCCCCUGUACCUCCACCGAAGAGUGUGGCUCAGUCGUCUGUCGUGAAGCCCUUCGCUGAGAUGAGUAUUGUUAAGCGGCUGUUGGAGCACAGUACUGUGCAGCAGUUUAGGUACUUCAAGGUGCUGAUCCAGGAGUUCCAUGUUAAAGUGGAUAUUGGGUUCAUCAACGCACUGAUGGCGUUCUUCGAGGCGAAUCAGGUGAACGACGCAGAGGAAAGUAAGCUUUUCCAAACCGAUAUGAAACUAGUAGACGAACCCCUGAUGUACCACGUGAACCUAAUAACGACCGCCGAGCAGAAGAACUUCUUCGAUCUCCUCCACUUUUCACCCCUGAAAAUCCACGUGAGUUUCUCGAUGACUGGGAGUGGAGGCGGUCCCUCCGCAGUCCCCCAGGUCCUCAAUGUCGUUCUCCAAGGGAUCGGAGUCACCUUAACCGACAUCAACGAUAUCGUCUUCAAGUUGGCUUAUUUCGAGCGCGAUUACGUCUUCAUGACAAAUCAACAGUUGAUUUCCGAGGCGACGAGCCACUACGUGGGGCAAGCCAUCAAGCAAGCUUACGUUCUGGUUCUAGGUCUGGACGUAAUCGGUAAUCCAUACGGUUUAGUGGUUGGCACGAUGAAGGGGAUUGAGGAUCUGUUCUACGAGCCUUUCCAGGGGGCGAUCCAAGGCCCAGGGGAGUUCGCCGAGGGCUUGCUCCUGGGGGUCAGAAGCAUGCUGGGUCAUACUGUUGGGGGAAUGGCUGGGGCUGUCUCCAAGAUCACUGGAGCCAUGGGGAAGGGGUUGGCAGCUUUGACUUUCGAUCAGGAUUACCAGAGGAAACGCCAGGAGCAGCUGAACAAGCAACCAGCUAAUCUCCAGGAGGGUUUAGCUAGAUCCGGAAAAGGUCUGGUGAUGGGAGUUGUCGAUGGCGUAACAGGAGUUGUGAUGAAGCCACUCUCAGGAGCUAAAGAGGAAGGGGUAGAAGGGUUCUUCAAGGGUUUUGGGAAAGGCGUGGUGGGACUGGUGACGAGACCAACAGCUGGUGUCAUCGACUUUGCGAGUGGAUCCUUCGGGGCUGUGAGACGCUGUGCCGAGUUGACGGAGGAGGUCAGGAGGACGAGGCCCCCGAGGUACCUCCAGCCUGACUCCCCUGUCAGGCCCUACGUCAAGGAAGAGGCCGAGGGACACAAGAUUCUCCUCGAGCUCGAGAAAGGAAAGUUCGCGAAUACUGAUGUCUACUUCUUCCAUGUCAAUGUUCAGAAAGAUGUUCUUCUGCUCACGGAUAAGAGGAUCGCUUAUCUCGAGCAUAACGAUCUCUUCGGGGGCUGGAAGGUCGACUGGAGCUACACGUGGCAGGAGAUACCAGAGAAAGCGAAGAUUGUUGAUAAGGGAGUGCAAAUAUUCGUGAAGGAUGGGAAGAAGAAGAAGUUGGGAUUUUUUGGGGGGAGUGAUAGCUCGAAAGUUGUGAUGAUUGGGGAUCACUUCUUGAGGCAACAGCUGUGCCAUAGGAUUGAGGAACAACUGAACCAACUUGAGGUGUGAAGGAGGCACGAAAACAAAGUAUAAAAAGAGAUAAUGCAUUCUCUGGGAAAUUCUAUUGAAAAAGAAUCACGCUUUCUUUGGGAACAGGGGGUUUUGUAUUCUUUCUGCUGUUUCGUCCAUUGACAUCGAUUUGUGGGUGCCAAUGAACAUUAUUUACUGCCUGAAAGCCGUAGUGUUUAAGGGGAACUUCGUGUUUCUGGUAGUUGGAGAACUUCAUGCUAGUCCGAACCAUGAUAAUCAAAAAUCUACGUCAAGACUUUUUCAUGCACAAACACACGUGUACAAAAAUUUCUAUUGAAUUUCUAAGACUUCUAUUGAUAACUGAGUUAUUUGCCCAUUAUGUUGAUAAGGUCAAUACAAUUCGUUUUUUAUAUUGAUACAUUUUCCAUGAAAAUUCCUUCACCUGAGCUUUCUAAAUUUUUGAUUUGAUUUUUUGAACUAGUGAAAAUGAAUGAAAAAAUUGGAAAAUUCAUUCAUUUAACUCAUUUUUGAAAUCCAAUAGUUUCUGUUGAAGACAAACAGAGCAUAAAUGCGGAAUCUCAAUAGAAUGGGCGAAGAACGAAUAGAUUUUCUAAUAGAUGUCCCACGGAAAUCCUUUUUUGGAUAUUUUUUUCACACGCACAUGCUAUUUUUUUUGGAAACACUAUGAAAAAAUGAGAAUAUUGAGAAGUAUUUCAGGGAUGAAGAUGUCGACUUCAGUAUCGAAUUGAGUCAUGUCCUUAUAUCACUUCAUUACCAGUUUUUGUAGAUGAGACAUGCGUCUCGUUCUAUGGCCUACUGAGUGCCUGCAUUAGUAUAAAAUCAUGUAGAAUUUUGUUUUAAUUUCAAUUUUUAUUUUUUACACGAGUGAAUUCGCCGUUUUCAGGCGAGAUAUCGAUAUUUCUAUUAGAUAACGUUUUUGUUUAUUGAUAUAUUCCAGAUUACACUUUUUUAUACGCAUUGUAGAUGAGAUGAGUGAGGAAAACUUUCACGAACUGUCCGGUAUUAUCAACUGUGAGAGAACCAUCGUUAAAAGCUUCCAUUAUUCUAUUGAUUAUUUAUGAAUGAGGAGACUGGGGUCUGGUAACAACGGUUGUUUGAUAUUUGAAUUUUAAAUGAAGAAUGCUGGAGAUAUUGUUAUGUGAAUUUAAUAAAGGAGUGUCAUGAGAGA